UACCAUUGGUGGAAUUUAUGAAGAAACAAUUGUCAUGCCUUCUACUAAUAGUAGCAUUCAAAUGUUCGAUAUUUUUAUAUCGAUGCCUUCGUCCAUUCAGAACGCGUAAUCCGUUAUCCGAAUUUUAUUUCGGUGAAAAUUAUAAGUCCUUAGGGAAUGAAAUUCAUAAUCACAUAAAAUUACACGUGACAUUAUGCAAAAUUGCGAAGAGAAAAGUUCUAAUGGAUUAUUUGAGUACACAUACAAGGUGCUAUGUCGCGAGAAAAACAUAAAACCUUUGCUAACGAUACAAAUGCAUCUGCAAAAGAACUGCUUGCGAUUUUGUGCCGAUUAUAUAAAUUUGAAAGACUGGUUGCCACUAUUGAACAGUAUAAUGGAAGAUCGAAGUCUGUCCGAAAUUUAUGUAUACAGUCAAUGUCGCAAUAAAAACAUUAGAGAGAAAAUGGAUACAGAAGAGAAACUUAUAAAAUUAUGGAGAUGCGCACGAAAGGACCGACGGCAGCCAGUAUUGUACACGAAUUGUCUUCUACAAUGCUUCGUUCAUUCCGUCGCAGACUGUUUGAAGAAUUCGUUGAUGAUUACCAGCCUUACACUUGAUGGUAUCCCGCUUGCACUCAAGUAUCUAAGGAUCCUUGCUGAUGGCUUGGUAAAUAAUCGUAAUCUGCGAAACUUGUCAUUGGCCAGAUGUCGAAUAGGUGAUAUGGGAUGUUAUAUGCUGUUGGAAAGUUUACAAUGUAAUUCAAAUCUUCACGUUCUGAAUCUAUCGUCAUGCUGCCUUACUAAUAGAAGCGCUACGUGUCUGUCAUUUUUCUUUAAAAAGAGAAAAGCAGAUUUAUUGCAAAAUGUUUGGAAGGAGUUAACAUUAUCUCGUGAUGCUCGCACAACGGAGGAAGAAGGAUUGCAAGUACUAAUACUUGAUAAAAAUUACCGAUUUAGCGAUAUCGGUUUGAAGCAAUUGAUAUGUAUAUUGAAAAAUGACUUUUGGCUCAAAACAUUAUGUCUACGAUGUUGCGGAAUUACUCAACGUGGAGGAGAAAUUGUGUUGGAAUUUUUACAAACAAAUAGCGUACUUACACAGAUUGAUCUCAGGGAUAAUGAAGUGUCGGCCGACAUAUUGCAAAUUAUUCGUAAGUUUCUAAAGAAAAGGAAACACAAAGGGGAAAGAAUACCAAUAAAGAAAAGAUUACUGAACCACAAGCACUUCCUUGUACAAAGUAUGGUUCCCAAGGACAGAUCUUGUCAACAUGCGAAAGAGAACAAAUUUCUCAAAACUCAAACUCACACUCAAAUAAAAAUGCAGAAAGAUAGCAUUUUACAAAUGCAAAAAAUCAGACAUGUAUACAAGUUGAAAAGAAGUGAUAAAAAAUAUAGAUUGCACACUGCAGUAAAUAAAAGUCAUAUCAAGUGGUAUAAAGCAGACGAAUUAAAAAAUCGCUUAUCUCUCAUGAUCGAACACACAAUCAGAACUUAAUAAGAGACUUAGAAACGAGUACUAAUUUUCUGUUGAAGGAAAGAGAUCGCCGUUUGAGUGCCGAAGAAGCAUAUC